GUAGGUUGGAGGCGAGUGUGUGUGUUUCGCUAGUGUCCAGGUCGUGGUUCGGGGCGGAGGCGCCGCGGACCACGAGCCUUCCUUGUGCGUUCAUCGGCUCUCCCGCCCCAGCCCCUCACCGGGCAGAAGCGUGGGAGGUGGAUUAAGUGGGAGCAGUUGAGUGCAAAUUCUAGAGACAUCCUGCCUCCUCAGGAGCCUACACUGCCAGGCAGCAGAAUUGUGAACUAGAGUGAAGCAGAAAUCUAGGAAUAUGAGCUCCAUGAUGGCCAUGGGUGAACCAAGGCUGAACUGGGAUGUUUCCCCCAAAAAUGGCCUUAAGACUUUUUUCUCUCGAGAAAAUUAUAAAGAUCAUUCCAUGGCUCCAAGUUUAAAAGAACUAUGUAUUUUAUCUAGCAGACGUAUAGGAGAAAAUUUGAAUGCCUCAGCAAGUUCUGUAGAAACUGAGCCGGCAGUUAGUUCAGCAACUCAAGCAAAGGAAAAAGUGAAAACCACAGUUGGAAUGGUUCUUCUUCCAAAACCAAGAGUUCCUUAUCCUCGUUUCUCUCGCUUCUCACAGAGAGAGCAGAGGAAUUAUGUGGAUUUGUUGGUUAAAUAUGCAAAAAUCCCUGCAAGUUCCAAAGCUGUUGGAAUAAAUAAAAAUGACUACUUGCAGUACUUGGAUAUGAAAAAACAUGUGAAUGAAGAAGUUACAGAAUUCCUAAAAUUUUUGCAGAAUUCUGCAAAGAAAUGUGCACAGGAUUAUAAUAUGCUUUCUGAUGACGCUCGUCUCUUCACAGAGCAAAUUUUAAAAGCUUGUAUUGAACAAGUGAAAAAGUAUCCAGAAUUCUAUACUCUCCAUGAAGUCACCAGCUUAAUGGGAUUCUUCCCAUUCAGAAUAGAGAUGGGAUUAAAGUUAGAAAAAACUCUUCUCGCAUUGGGCAGUGUAAAAUAUGUGAAAACAGUAUUUCCCUCAAUGCCUGCAAGGUUACAGCUGUCAAAAGAUAACAUACCUACCACUGAAACACCAGAACAAACAGCUGCAGCUAUGCAUUAUGACAUUAGUAAAGACCCAAAUGCAGAGAAGCUUGUUGCAAGAUAUCACCCUCAGAUAGCUCUAACUAGUCAAGCAUUAUUUACCUUAUUAAAUAAUCAUGGACCAAGCUACAAGGAACAGUGGGAAAUUCCAGUGUGUAUUCACGUAAUACCUGUCGCAGGUUCAAAACCAGUUAAAGUAAUUUAUAUUAAUUCACCACUUCCCCAAAAGAAAAUGACAAUGAGAGAGAGAAAUCAAAUCUUCCAUGAAGUUCCCUUAAAAUUCAUGAUGUCCAAAAACACAACUGUUCCAGUCUCUGCAGUAUUUAUGGACAAACCAGAAGAUUAUAUAUCUGAAAUGGAUUCCAUCUUUGGAAAUGCUCCUUCGAUCCUUGGGAGGGAAAAGAUGUCUUAUGAAGUUAAUGAGUGCCGAAAAAUUGAGACCCAUGAAAAUUUGGAUCUGGAUUUUGAUGAUGACGUCACAGAACUUGAAACUUUUGGAGUAACCACCACCAAACCAUCAAAGUCACCGAGUCCAGCAAGUACUUCCAUAGUACCCAACAUGACAGAUAUGCCCACAGCCCUCAGCAUAGCAAUCACAUCUGAGGCACCAACUGCACCAGACAUUACUGCUCAUUCUAGAAGUUUAUCUCAGAUUCUGAUGGAACAGCUGCAGAAGGAGAAACAGCUGGUGACUGGUAUGGACAAUGGCCCUGAAGAGUGCGGAAAUAAAGAUGAUCAGGGAUUUAUCCCCUGUGGUGAAAAUGUAUCAGAUUCUGAGAAGUCUUUGGUACAAGAUAGUGACUUGAAAACAUCUGAUGCCUUACGAUUAGAAAGUUCUUCAGAAAUUGAAACCUCUAAUAAAAAUGAUAUGGCUUCUGAUAUGGAGUGUGUUGAUGAAAGAGUGAAUGUUCCAGAGAACACAGACAAUAAUUCAAAGGAAAAGCCUGUUACAUCAGAAGCAGCUAAAACUGAAGAUGUACUUCUUUGCCAUAGUGAUACAGAUGAAGACUGUUUAAUCAUUGAUACAGAGUGUCAAAGUAAUAGUAAUGGAAAGACAGUUGAUAUGGGUUCUAAUUUAAGUUCUAAACCAGCUAGCCUAAAUUCUUCCUCAGGACAGGCUUCUGUAGGAAACCAGACUAAUACUACUUGUAGUCCUGAAGAGUCAUGUGUUUUAAAAAAACCUAUCAAACGAGUAUAUAAAAAGUUUGAUCCAGUUGGAGAAAUUUUAAAAAUGCAGGAUGAACUCUUAAAACCAAUUUCCAGAAAAAUACCUGAAAUGCCAUUGAUGAAUUCAGAAAAUUCUAAACAACCUCCUAGUUCUGAGCAACCCUCUGCUACUUCAGAUGCCUCUAGUUGGCCAAAAUCUAUAUGGCCUUCUGCGUUUCAGAAGCCAAAAGGACGAUUGCCAUAUGAACUUCAGGACUAUGUUGAAGAUACAUCAGAAUAUGUAGCUCCUCAGGAAGGAAAUUUUGUUUACAAGCUAUUUAGCCUACAAGACCUGUUGUUACUUGUGCGAUGCAGUGUCCAGAGGAUAGAGACCAGACCACGUUCUAAAAAACGGAAGAAAAUCAGAAGACAAUUUCCAGUUUACGUACUACCAAAAGUGGAGUAUCAAGCUUGUUAUGGAGUUGAAGCUCUGACUGAAAGUGAACUUUGUCGCUUAUGGACUGAAAGUUUAUUGCAUUCCAACUGCUCAUUUUAUGUUGGACAUAUUGAUACAUUUACUUCAAAGCUUUUCCUGCUAGAAGAAAUCACCUCAGAAGAAUUAAAAGAAAGACUUUCAGCACUCAAGAUAUCAAGUUUAUUUAACAUCCUUCAACACAUUCUAAGAAAAUUAAGUAGCUUGCAGGAGGGUUCCUACUUGUUGUCUCACGCAGCAGAAGAUUCUUCACUCCUGAUCUACAAGACCUCUGAUGGAAAAGUUACUAGGACAGCGUACAAUUUGCAUAAAACACAUUACAGCCUUCCUGGUGUGCCUUCCAGUCUCUCAGUUCCCUGGGUCCCGUUAGACCCCAGUCUCUUAUUACCAUAUCAUAUCCAUCAUGGAAGAAUACCUUGUACUUUUCCACCUAAAUCACUAGGUCCCACAACACAACAAAAGAUUGGUGGAACAAGAAUGCCUACCCGCAGCCGCAGGAAUUCAGUUUCCAUGGAAACCAAAAGUCUGCCUGCUCAGCAAGUUGAAAAUGAAGGAGUGGCUCCAAGUAAAAGAAAAAUAACUUAAGGACUGUACCAUGGAAAAACGAAGAAAAACCAGUUAUCACAACAUUCAAUUUAGAAAAGUUUGAGGGGAAAUAUACCUGAAAGAUCUGUAGGCCAGAGGAAUGUUUUUCUUUUACUGUUCUUGAGAGUUUUUAUAGUGCCUCGAAAAUACACACUGACUAUGUGAAGCAGUGUUCCAACUAAAAUGGAAUGUUGUGCUCUUAACACCUGAUGUUUGAGGAGGCUCCAGAUAUGGUUUAACAUUAUCGUGGCAGGGAAAUAAAGAGAGAAGAAAAUAUUUUUAUAGUAGACCUUUUGCAAAAAAUUGUAAGUAGGAAAAUAAUUUGCUUUUUUUGGAGAGCAAUAUUUAUCAUCAUGUAUUAUGUUAAUAAUUUGAGUUGUAUUUUGCCGGUCUGUUGAGGUUGGCUCAAAAGCUUAAAUCUUGCCACUGUCGGAGAUAAUUGUGAGCUACGUAAACCUUAUUUCUGACCCAUCUGACAGUUUUUAUAUACUCCUUUAAAAUGAUGAUUGUUGCAGGUUAAUGAAGUUAAUAUCUUUAAAAACUUGGUGAAAUUCCAUUGCAGAAGCCAAAAAGGAAAAUAAAAAACUCCCUGCCUCUGAAAAUUCACAAUACUGAGAAUGUAUAAGCAAGAAAGUGACAUUGACAGUAUGAGCAAAGAUUUAAAAAAAAAAAAAAAAACAGACUCAGUGUUGGCAAGGAUGUGAUGAGCCUGACCCACUUAUAUCUCUGAGGUGAAGGUAUGCACGAAGAAGAACACAGCAUCACUUUUGUGGUAUGUUCCUGGCAAAUAUGCAUACGUUAUAAGGAAAUACCAGAGAAACCCAACCCAAAGGCAUAGUCUGUAAAGUAAUUGGUCAGCAAUCUUCAAAACUGACAGGAUCAUGAAAGAGAAACACUGGAGGACUGUUUUACUUAAAGACUAAGUUAAUGGGACUCAUAAUCCUGGUUUGUAUGUAUAGUCCAGUAAAGGACAUUAUUGGAACAACCAGCAAAACUUGGAGUUUGUAGAUUACAUGGUAGUAAUGUAUCUAUGUUAAUUUCCUUUGCUGUGGUUAUGUUAGAGCAUGCCUUGUACUUAGGAAAUAAACACUGAAGUAAAAAUUGGUAAUGGAACAUCAUGUCUACGACUUAGUCUCAAAUUGGAGGACUUGGGCAGAGAAAUGUUAACAGGGAGUCUUGGUGAAAGGUAUAUAGGAGUUAUAUGUACUAUUUCUACAACUUCUAUAUAUAUUUGAGAUUAUUUCAGAAUAGAAAGUUUGUGAAGGGACUACCCUGGUACUGCAGUGGUUAAGAAUCCGCCUGCCAAUGCAGGCAACAUGGGUUCUAGCCCUGGUCCGGGAAGAUCCCACACGCCACGGAGCAACUAAGCCUGGGCACCACAACUACAGAGCCUGCGCUCUAGAGCCCGCGGGCCACAACUACUGAAGCCUGCACGCCACAACUACUGAGCCCGUGUGCCAUAACUACUGAAGCCCAUGCGCCUACAGCCCGUGCUCUGCAACAAGAGAAGCCACCGCAAUGAGAAGCCUGCGCACCGCAACAGAGUAGCCCCUGCUCACCGCAACUAGAGAAAGCCCACAUGCAGCAACAAAGACCCAACACAGCCAGAAAUAAAUAGAAAAUUAAUUUAAAACAAAAAAAGAAAGUUUGUGAAAAAUGUAUUGUUCAGUGUCAGGUAUUAUAGGAAGGUCAAGGAGGAUGAAGACUGAAGGGAAAAGGCUAUUAGAUUGAAUAAUCAAUCAGGCAGAAAGAAGAAUCUAAAUGAAGUGGCAGAGGGUGGGGGAAUCAGGGACUCCUGUUUUUUAGGGUCCCGGGCAUGAAAUUUUCCUUACAGUUCAAAACCCUAAAAACAAAACUUUUCUGCUUUAAAGUCCUACUGUACUUAUUAUAAUACCACAAAUUUUGAAUCUCAGUUGUUACCUACAUUAUUCUCUUUCAAGUAUUUUGCAAAAGUCCCUAAACAGACUGUAAGCUCCUCGCAGGCAACGAUUAUGUUUUUAUACAGCUGUGUGUCUAACCCAAGACCAAGCACAGGGCGAGGCAGCCUCCAGAUGCUGCGUCAACACCUACUAAAUUGUGCUGAUAGCUCCCCAUAUACCAGCAUGCGGCUAAGUUGUCUCUCAGUCUUAGAUCCCUUACUCAUAAGGGCAAGUCUAUGGGCAGCUAUGAGCCCUGCACAAGAAAAGAAAUUUUAAAACUUGUAUUUAGGGAAACCCUUGGUGAUCCAGCAGUUAGGACUCCACACUUUCACUGCUGAGGGCCCAGGUUCGAUCCCUGGUCGGGGAACUAAGAUCCCACAAGCAAGCAAGCAAUAAAUAAAUAAUAAAAAUAAAAACUUGUGCUUAUUAAAGACCAUGCCAGUCACCUCUCAAGAUAGACUGAAGUUCCAUGUUUUGGGAUUUUUACAAUACUGUCUAACUCACAAUGUUACUAUAUGUCAUUUAAGAGCAACAAGGUAAGUAUAAAUUCAGGUUAGAUUUAACAAUUUGGAAGACACUGUAUUUAAAACCUCUUAAAAACAUUCUAUCUAGCACCCAAAACUUGUUUGGACAUGAAUAUGUAAUCUGUGAUUCUUUCUGCGGCAGAAAAACAAAAAACAAAAAACUUCCCUUGUCAAAGAGUGAGACCCAUGUCCAAUCACCGGAAUGCCGAAAAGAAGCCUCUGCUCCACAGCUCUGGGGUUGUGUGAAUGCCACAAGUAAACUCAACUCCUCCCCAGUUUGCAAACUGCUCUUUCAACAAAAUUCUGCCCAACUUAGACUGCAGAAACUAAACUGUAAGGAAGGGAGUGCUGAGUUUGCU